AUGUUGACAUAUUUUCUUCUUGGCUUUUCGGGCAUCGUGCUCUGCGUAGUUUGGCGCAAGCUCUACCCGAAGCCGUACCCGGGUAUUCCCUAUGUGGAAGCAUCGGCAAAACGUAUCAGCGGCGACAUGCCCGAGCUGAUGUCAGUGAUCCGGGGGAGCGACGAGAUCACCGACUCCAUGUUCGCUAUCUCCACACGGAAGCUCGGAACGCCUAUUGCGCAGGUUCUAUUUCCCCGUUUUCGCCGGCCUCUCAUCGUUCUAGAGGACCCUUUAGAAGUCGAAGACAUCAUGGUCCGCCGCCAAAAGCAGUUUGACAAAUCGCCCAUGACGGUCGAUAUUUUCGCACCGAUGUUUCCCCGUGCAACACUCAGCCAAUAUACCACACCCCAGUUGAAAGCGCAGAAGCGCCUGUGGGCUGAGGUGAUGCGCGUCGAUUUCCUCCGCAGGGCGGCCGCGCCCAGAAUCUAUCAGGCGACAGUCGAACUACUGGACCUUUGGAAGCUCAAGGCCUCGGGUGUGUAUAGAGAUGAUCCCUUCAACGUUCAUGAUGACUUCAAGAACGCCACCUUGGACGCUAUUUGGGCUGCCAUGGUCGGCCAGAGCCCCGGGGCCACAAGGAUCGAGAUCGAAAAACUGCAGGCACAGGCGGCUGGCGACAAGAUUCAUUGGCAAGCACCGCGCGGCGCUUUUAUCAAAGCUGAGGUGACGUAUAUCAGCGAGGCAAUCUCACGGAACUCCAAGACCCCAAUGCCAACAUGGGCCCAGAAGCUGGAGACGUGGACUCCACGCCAUCGGAAAUUUCGCAGCACGGUCAUAGGCGAGAUUAGUCUGGCAAUGGGAAAGGCUGCAGACCGCUUUAGACGUAUCGAGAUGGGAAAGUUGGAGGCUGAUAACUCGGAUACCUGCAUGGUUGAUGUAGUGCUACGCCGACGGAUACUCGAGACCAGAAAGGCCGGAGAGCUACCAACAGAUCCGGCGAAGGACCAGAACAUGUUAGAUGAAAUGUUUAUCUUGCUCGUGGGGGCUACGUUCCCUGGUCCGCAAUUGCCAACGUACGCUGAAAUCCUUGACACGGAAGUCCCCUAUCUCGACGGUGCGUGUGAGGAGAGCCUACGCCUGGCCGGUACCUCCAAAGGCAACCUUCGGCAAGCUGUUGUCGAUACCGAGAUUCUAGGUUGCAGGAUACCUAAGGGUGCCGAGGUACUUGUAAACUUGCACAUUAAUCGUACUACUCCACCCGUUGAUAGUUCCCAGAGGAGUGUGAGCAGCCAGGCCGCCAUACAAAAGCACGGAGACUGCUUCUCUGGCGCUGCAGGCCGAGAUCUCGGUAACUUCGAACCAAGGAGGUGGCUCAUCAAAGAUGAAGCAACCGGUAGAGAUAAGUUUGAUGCGUAUGCAAUACCAUCCCUCGCUUUUGGGGGUGGCUAUCGUGGAUGUUUUGGACGUAAGUUGGCGGUGAUGGAAUUUCGCAUUAUUGUAGUGCUUCUUAUUUUAAACUUUGAGUUUCUAGCGUUGCCAAAAGAACUCCAAACAAUGCGAGCGUCUGAGAAGUUGUUCCGCCACCCGCAGAUGCCAUUUGCGAAAAUUAAAAUCUUGUAA